AUGAAGAGCCUCUUACUGCUGACCACAUUCUUCCUACCUGUGCACCUGGCUAUGGCCUGGAGCGCCAAGUAUGCAGUGGAUUGCCCAGAACACUGUGACAAUAGUGAAUGCAGAGGCAGCCUGCGUUGCAAGAGGACAGUGCUGGAUGACUGUGGCUGCUGUCAUGUGUGUGCAGCCGGACCCGGAGAAACCUGCUACCGCACCGUCUCAGGCAUGGAUGGCGUCAAGUGUGGUCCGGGGCUGAAGUGUCACUUUUACAGUGAAGAGGAUGAUUUUGGUGACGAGUUUGGUAUCUGCAAAGACUGUCCCUAUGGCACUUUUGGGAUGGAGUGCAAAGAGAUUUGCAACUGCCAGUCGGGCAUAUGUGACAGGGUGACCGGGAGAUGUCUGGAGUUUCCCUUCUUCCAGCAUGCAGCAGCCAAGUCGCCCAGCAGGACUGCCGCCUCGCACACAGAGCGUGACGCGGCGUCUGGGGAUGGCAAUGCUGUGAGAGAAGAGAUCGCUGAAGGCAACGUCGCUCGGCCGUCUGUAAUGAAAUGGUUAAAUCCACGCUGAUCCGGGCUCCACUUCAAUGACCAACACUCAACCAACAUUUUAAGAGCUGUCUAGAGCAGAGACUAUGGACAUGUACUUGAUGGAGAUCAAGAGUGAUUGAGAGAGGAUCCAAAAAAAAAAAAAAAAAAAAUAUAGGCGAUAUUCAACCCAUAAAACAAUAUGACUGAAUACUUUUAGAUAUAUGUUAAAUCUUUAAAUGCAUAUAGAUCUGUUAAAUGUGCGUGUGAGUGUGUGGGAGAUGUCACCAAGGGGCUAAACGUGCAAUUGAGAUGGUCUUAUGGUUAAUGAGUAAUCUGAUCAAAGCUGGAGAAACCAUGUGUCCUUUGACUUGGGUAUACAUUCUUGUUGAAUGUACAGGUUGAAGAAAGAAGAUGAGGUAGCAGAAGUUGGGGUUAAUACCAUUUAGUUCUUCCUUGUGGCAGCUUAAAAUUUAUUAUUUUGUUUUAAUCUGGGGAAACAAGACCAGAAAAGCCUUGAAGGAAGUAAGAUAUUGGAAGCUGGUGGGAGCAGCUGCCAUGCAUGGAAAUGUUGUUAUUACG